AGAACGACCAACACAAGUGGAAGCAGUACCAUUCGCCAUCUUACAUUGGCUUUGUUCGCUGCAUUCCGUAACUCAACAACAUUUUCAAACGCAACAAAGUGUGUGCCUUAACUGUUUGCAAUGGCGACUACUAUUCAGAUGACAAAUGAACAGCUUCAUGCGCUAAUCGAGGCAGUUCGCUCAUCCGCGGUCAGCGCAGCCGGCACUGCGGCUGCCGCUGCCGGCAGCGAUGCCUCCAACUCAAAGUCAAAGGGCAGCUUCAGCGCGUGCACGCACCGAUUUUUCGGUUCUCGCAGUCACGACGACGUCGAGGAGUUCAUCACAAACAUUGUCACUUACAAGGAGCUGGAAGAGAUCAGCGAUGAGAACGCCCUUAAGGGCGUAUCCCUGCUCUUCUACGGCUUGGCAUCCACCUGGUGGCAGGGUGUACGCAAGGAGGCGAAAUGCUGGAACGACGUCAUCGACCUCAUCCGCGAACACUUCUCGCCCGCCAAGCCCGCCUACCAAGUGUACAUGGAGGUCUUCGAGAAAAAGCAGGAGGACGGCGUUGCCAUUGACACAUUUGUGGUCGAGAAGCGCGCUCUGCUCGCCCAGCUGCCCGAGGGCCGUCACAACGAGGAGACAGAGCUGGAUUUCCUGUACGGCCUGCUAAACAUCAAAUUCCGCAAGCACAUUUCCCGCCAAAGCAUCGUUACAUUCCGCGAUCUACUCGAACAGGGCCGCAUCAUCGAGCACAACAAUCAGGAGGAUGAGGCGACCGCAAAGGGUCCGCUACGCGGUGCUCGUCGUGGAGAACGUUGCACCUACUGCAACUUCCGCGGCCACACUUUCGAUGUCUGUCGCAAGCGUCGUCAGGCGCGGGACGAGGCAACGGCGGCGGAGGAGUAAAAGGCGAUAUACACACACACAUCUACGGGACGUGACAUCAUCGGCAACAACAACAACAACUAUUAACAUCGUGCGCUGGGCGCAUAUUCAUAGCUGACGUCAUGUUCUCACUAAUACACCAACACUCACUUUGUCGCGCCGGCCACACAUGGACAUGAGCGAGAGGCGAAGGUGACAACAACGAAGAGAAGCAGCAGCAGCAGCAUCAGCAAGCUUUAGCAGCUUUUUGGUUAAGUUCAUUUCAAACUCUCAUUCAGCGCCAAGUGGCGUGCCGGCAAGCAAAGCAGAGAUCAAAAACACAACAACGACAUUUCGAUGUCGAAUCUUCUUCACGCCGCCCCUGCGGCUAUUUUUGGCUCUGAACGCCACUCUUUCAUUACUCUAUUGUGAUAUUUUCACAAAAUUUGGAAUAUUAACGGCAAAUUUUGUUUGCCAACACCGAGCGGCAGUUAAUGGAGAGGAGGUUGGCGCACGCAUUUCGCCCCCAGGUUAAGUCAUUGCUUUGAUGCAGCACAGCAGAGCAGCGGCGUUUGGUUGUGCAGAGCUUUUGAUAAGCUUUGUGCGGCGAGCGUCGCUGCCUCUGCUGCGUGUGCGUCGGUGCAGCGCCUAUAACUGUGAUGGGUGUUGCGUGCGCCCUGUUCCUCCCCCUUGCCUUUUCGCUCAAACACCGCUGCCUUGGCCUAGUGCCGGCGCAGCGCUGCUGCAAUGCGCACGAGGCGAUCAGGCGUAGGGCGUAAAGCUCUGCUGGUUUCGGCCAGCAGCGCUGCGCGUCCGCUUGUCGCCAAGUUCGAAUUGCAGCAGCUGCGGCGCUGGUCCUGGAUCAAUGCGGCAAAACAAAACACGCUCAUGGGAAGCAGCGCAGUCGCUUUUGUGCGGCGCAUGUGCUCGACGCAAUUCCUCGCUGUGGCCAGUUGGCAGCACUUUGCGGCUCACUUCGGUGCGCUGCAGCGCUGCUGCCGACUGCGGAUAUGCCCGGCCAGGUGUUGUGCUUGCAGUGCUUGCGUCUGGCACGACAGCAGCUGCUGCGGCUUGGUCAUGGGCAAAACCGAAGCUCCUUUUAAGGGGAUUCGAAACCUACGUUGACAUUUUUAAUGUCCUUCAAUCGAACACAUUGCACUACGAUGGCUAAGCUGUCGCCAUUCGUGCAAUUGGCACGCUAAAUUGCCUCCAGUCGGUGGCAGCUCCUUGGAGCUUCUCUGUACUUGGCAAGCAUUAGGCACGUCAGCGCUCACACACGUUCACACGUACACACACCGGGGCUUCGGAUUCGUCGCUGCUCUGUUGCUCCAGCUUGCGGCGACUGUCUCGAAACCCCAAACCAUGCAAGUCUAGCCUCUUGUGCAGAAUCCUUAGGCGCGUAGUGCCAUCCAUACCUAACAUCGGUGUCCAUACCAUGGUGACCGUCGUCGUCCAGCGUGCGCCAGCACCUUGGAGCAUUGGCCAGACAAAGCGCUGCGACAACGACGGCCCGCGUUCCCCGAUGAAGUGCGAUGCCAUCUCCUUGGCAUUCGCAUCCUCAUCCAGCUGGGGGCCUAUCGAUGACCACAAGAGGCUACGAUAAGCUAAAUAAAUCAACAAUUGUAAAGACUGAAACCAGAAAACGCAGAAACUAAAAUACAAAAACCCAAAAACCAA